AUGACGCAGCCCAGCGCCGUGGUGGCGAUCGGAGGUGGUCUUCGGCUGCUUGCCCAGCCCGCACCCACACCCACCGCUGAUGGCUCAUCGCAAGCGCUCACGGACGUCUUCCUUUCCGAGUACUGUGCCCCCCUUCAGCGCAGCAGCCAUCAUCUGCACACACACGUUCCCCGGUACACAGUGCCAACGCCGGCGAGUAGACGAUACACCCCCCGCGCCGGCGAUCCGGUGCUUGCCAUUAUUGCCCGCAAAGUGAGCCAGCACUAUUACUACUGCUACAUUGGCGGCUCCGCCCUGGCCUACAUGGACGCCUUGGCGUUCGACGGCGCCACGAAGGUGAGCCGACCGCGGCUGGUGGAGGGCGAUGUCGUGUACUGCUACGUGAAGCCUCGCGAGGGCUCGAGCUACGUCGACGGCGUGCAUCGGUCGGUGGCUAGCGAAGUAUUUGACACAACUGGCGAAGUGGAGGUGAGCUGCACAGCGGCAGAGGUCGGGCUGCCCCCCAAGGACUGGACAUCCGGGGAAGCCGUCUUCGGCCCGUUGCAGGGCGGUCGCGUUCUGCACCUCCCGCUGGUGUAUGUGCGUCGUCUGCUCACACCCAUGGGCUCAUCCCCAGAAAAGGCAUCAGCUCAGCAGCGAAAGCGUGAUCACACGGAAGGCGAGGGCAGUGAUGGCGAUGAAGUGCCCGCCUCGUACCUCCUUCAGCUGCUGGGGCGCAGAGUGCCCUUCGAGGUGGCUGUCGGCCUCAACGGACUCGUGUGGGUGCGGGGGCUCUCUAGCGAGGCUGACGCCACGGCUGCUGCCCGGCGCACUGUCGCUGUAAGCUCGUGCAUCUCCGAGGCGCAGUACGACGUCACUCGCGCCGAGAUGGAGGCCCGCGUCGAGGUUUACUUUCCCUCCUGA